AUGGUAGGAGUGAUUUUUACCUCUGUACUGUCUAAUGAGUCUUUUUGUAUUCCAUUCUUGAACGGUGAUAAUUUUUCGGACUUGAAGGACAAAAUCCUUCUAACAUUAGGGUGCAUAGACCUCGAUCUAGCACUAAGUGUGGAUGAACCUUCUGAACCCACGGUCGAGAGUUCCGCUGUAGAAAAGAGUUCUUAUGAUAAGUGGGAGCGAUCUAAUUGCUUAAGCCUAAUGCUCAUAAAGUCACAUAUCAGCCAGAGCAUUAGGGGCUCAAUCUCACCAUCUGAUAAGGUCAAGAACUACACGAGGGCUAUUGAAGAGCAAUUUGUUAGUUCUGACAAAGCAUUGGGAAGCACCCUAAUGAACAAACUAUCAGGAAUGAAGCAUAACAAUUCUAGGAGUGUGCGUGAGCACAUUAUGGAAAUGAGGGACAUUGCAGCUCGUCUUAAGUCCUUAGAGAUUGAGAUUUCUGAGUCAUUCCUUGUCAAUUUCAUACUCAAUUCUCUUCAUGUGUAA